CGUUUUGAUUUUGGCAUUUCGCCUCCAUAAUUCCCCCCGGGCAGUGUCUGAAUCCUUGAUGCCUGGAAGUAUGCCUCUCGUUUGAUUCACCGUCUUUCUUCUCUCUUUCUAGUUGUAGGCGACGUCGCCGGGAUCCCAGAGUGAAACGUACAGAGAAAACGCGCGGCAUCAGAACGCAAAAAUGUCCAUACCGACGACGACGCAGCAGCUCCUGGACGAGUAUACCGGCAAGGUUGUGCCGUACACGUUCAAUGGAGGGUUCGUGUGUCUAAGUUACGCCAUCAGCCUGAUUGGAACCAGCACCGCGCUGGAGUUGAUUAGACGAAGAACUUCACACAGAGGAAGGCAUAAUUUCUUACUACUAGUCGGCGCUGCCAUCGCAAUGGGUGGCAUUGCCAUCUGGUCCAUGCACUUCAUUGGAAACCGAGCCAUCUACAUGCUCCACGGCGAGGGAGCCUUCCAAAUCGCCUAUUCGACCGGCCUUACCGUCGUGUCUCUCAUGAUGCCCAUCCUUGUGCUCGUGCUCGCCUUCCUCGGCGUCAACGGCAACAGUCGAAUUCGAUGGUGGCGAAUUGUGUUCGCCGGAUUGCUCUCUGGCGGCGCCAUUUGCGGCAUGCACUAUCUUGCCAACUCGUCCAUCAGCAACUACCGGAGCUCAUAUCGGCUCUCCUAUCUUAUUGGCUCCGUCGUCAUUGCCGUACUUGCCAGCACCACGGCCCUCACCCUCUUCUUCGUCUUUGAGAAUACCUGGAGUAGCGCCUGGUGGAAGAGACUGGGUUGUGCCAUGGUCCUGGCCGGAGCCGUGUCCGGCAUGCACUGGUGCGCCGCUGUUGGAACGAGUUACACCCUGUUGCGCAACACGCCUGGAAAGGGGGCCUCACGUAGGGAUGCAAUGGUUGUCGUUAUUUGUCUGUCUAUCUCUGCCGGUGUUGUCAUGACCGGCAUGGCCAUCUAUUCGAGUUGGGUGAGACGAGACUACGCUCGCAAGUCGCAAAAGGUCGUCCUGGCUGCCGGUGUCUUUGACGACAGGGGUCGCAUCAUGGUCUCUCAAGACGGAUAUUUGCCCAGCGAAGUCGUGACAGACACGUACUUCGCAAAGUCCAACGACGACGUCUUCAAUACCAGCCACCCCCUCUUUCUCUGGAUGUUCCGUGCUUCUCGCAACUGGGACACCAUAACAAAAGUCAUGACCAAGAUGACCAGCCACAUUUCGUUUCUCGCGCAGGAGCAUAACAAUGGCAGGGCAGGCGUCCGGCUCAUCAGCGAUGAUGGUGAGCUCGUAGAUGGAUAUGACACCAUUCUGCACGAGUUGUUCUGCGUCUCUGCGGGCGCUCUGGCUUCCAAAACCAAAGCGACUCUCAUUAGCGCCGGAACAUUAUGGGACGAAAUUUUCGUAACGGGAGAGUCAUCAAGGGCACCUGGUCCGGCUCAAAGCCUACCUAAUAACGACAGCCCCGGCCUACAAGGUGCCGCAGAAAAAGGAAUUCAACAGAAUGGCCUGGAGUAUGGCCGCGGUUCGCUCAUGUUCCUCGUUCGCAAGGUUGACAGCAAAAAGGAGGUACCGAGGCUUGAGGCUUCAGGGUUCCGCUUCGCAGAGAUUCACCAGGUUGCGGGCUUUAUUCGAUCUAGCAUGCAUAUCAAGACACCCGACCUGGAGACUCGUCUACGCAACAUGUCUAGCCAGAAAGACAAGACCAGCAUGCUAUCUUCCGGCUUGCAUGUGGGCAUGUUUGCCGUCCGCGCUCGAAUCGACAAGGGCGGCUUCGACGUGCUCGUGCAAAAGACAGCCCGAAAUCUGCUUCCUUCUGUUCCGUUACCCGUGGACACUCUUGAUUCUAGCAGUGCUAGCUUUCUCAAUGGCCUUCGUGGCUUGCCGCUCUCGACUGUUCUGCUCAGACUUCAGAACCACCAGUCUACUUCUGUUCAGGGUCGCAUGUUUGCUUCGCUUCUUUGUGAUGCCGUUUCCUCGCUGCGAAACUCUCUAGGCGACGAAAUAUUUAAUGAGGCUACACUCUUGUCCAAAGAAGUGAAGCUCCCAUGUGCUCCCUCUACACAGGGCAAAUCCCUUUCCAAAUGUACCCUCAUUGCUUUCAAACUCUUCCUACCUAUUCAUGCCACUGUACUCUCACCUGAUUGUGAAUUCACGCCUCUCAACUUCUUCAAAAUGCGCCAACUUAUAUAUGAUGGCUCGUCUCACAACAUUGAGUUUUCCCACAUGGUUCAUCGCGAUAUAUCCUCAACAACACAUCAACUAUCUCCACGGCAAUACAGCGCCGCAACCCAAAUGAAUAACAAAUACUUUUCCCGAGCUGUUGGUAAGGUCAGGGAUAACUUGCCCGGCAACGAAAGGCGUGCGGCGGCCAUUUCAUUGCCGCCUACAAGGAGCCAGGAACGGUUAUCCAAGGUAGCGUCGCAUCCCAGCUCGCUGUACAACGGUGACGAUGGCAGCUUCGAUGACACUCGCAAGCUCUCAUCAACAAGCCAACUCUACGCCGGCAAGGACUCCCACAGGGAUCAGGAUAAGAAACUUCAUAUCUACGGCGGCAUCAUGGUAUCAAAAGAGGUAUCAAUUAACGUCCAAGAUGACCAAGAAGACUCAAAUCCUCCAGAGCAACAGGGCUCAGAGCUUAAGCCUAUGCGGCUCCGAUCCGAUACCCAAGGCAAGAUGGAAGGUUUCUACACUGCUACUGCGACGGGCGAGAGCGGCUUUGCUGGCCAGGGGAAGCAGGAGGAAUCUGCCUUUGUAGACGAGCUCCUCGCUCUCAGUAUGCAAGCGGACAAGCGGACGACUGCGUAAUUUGUUUUGUUCUAGCACUAUUUCAUUCACACGCUAAUGACUGGACUUUUCUACUUGUAAUAUGAUGGAUAUGAGGGUUAUAUGGAGUAUAUAAUGCGGGUUUGAGCGAGUCGUGUAUUGGAAUUAUAAUUGUACAAAAGCUAGGUAUUUGGCACUUGAGACAUUCCAUAAAUUUUGUAUUAAUAAAUAAAGGUUUGGAAC